AUAUAAUUGGCCAAACACGCUCGAUUGAUCUGUAUUGUAAAUAUCAUCAGCCAAUGAAAUAUUAGCUUUCGAAUGUCAAUCUAUCACUGCUAGGUAACAUUUGUUUACACGGUUUCCAUUCAUAUUUUCGAACGUUCGGGUUUUCUUGUUUUUCAUUUUUCAUUUAAAGAUUUUGCUUUAUUAUAUCCGCAUUUUAAUUUUCAAAACGCCAUGAACAAAGCCGAUUUGCCGUUUUUGCCAGGCUUCUCUUUUAUUGAUCCGACGAAAUGCAAAUUUUCGUUACCACAAACAUUGACAUACGAUAAAGGUUAUCGAAUUCCAUGUAUAAUUCAGAAACCGACUCCUAAAUUAGCAUGUGAAUUUUUAGAAGCCGAAAACUGCUUAAAAAAUGAAAAAUUUAGAGAUUUGACAUAUGGGCGAAGAGCUCAAGUACCCAAAAAAGUUUGGAUUCCUGCUUUCGUGGCUUAUGAUAAAAAGGUGUUGAGAUUCUUCGCAUAUUUUAAGCAAACUGUUCCUUUUUCUUCUGAUGAUACUUAUCGUAUACGUAGAGUGAAUAUUUAUUAUUAUCUAGAAGAUGACACAAUGCGUAUAGUUGAACCGUCUAUUAAUAAUUCUGGUUUGUUACAGGGAGUUUUACUUAGGCGACAAAGAUUUCCAAAGAAUUCAUUAGGAGAAUUUUGGAACUGGGGAGAUCUUAAUAUCGCUAUGAAUUUCACCAUUUACGGGAAUACUUAUCGCAUAUAUGAUUGUGACAAAUGGACAAAAGAAUUUCUCACGAGUGAAGGAAUAGAAGUGAACCCUUCGGAAACCCCACCAGUGGAUCCAUAUUUAGAAAGACAGAAAUUUUCUGCUUCACGUAAAUUAUAUACUACACCAUCCCCUGUAGAUUCGCUUUGGAAAUUUCUUCAUUUCGAUCGUCAAAUACUUCGAUUUUAUUGUAUUUGGGAUGACAGAGAUAAUAUGUACGGAGAUAUCCAUUAUUGUAUUUUAAAUUAUUAUCUAGCAGAUGAUUCUAUUGAAAUUUUGGAAGUUCAUGAAGUAAAUAAUGGUCGAGAUCCUAAUCCAGUUCUAGUAAAACGACAUAGAAUACCAAAAGAUAGAUCUGCCGUAUCAGAUGAUUUUCCAUCAAUUAAUUUAGAUCUAACAGAAGCAGAACUAGAUAAAUUUUAUUCUCAUAAAGAUCUGGGAAUCGGCAAAACAUUGCUUAUAUAUAACAGAAAAUUAUUUUUAUAUGAUUGUGAUUCUUUCACUCAGGAAUUCUACAGAAAAUAUUACGGUGUUGAAGAUUUUACGCCCAUUGAUGUUAGACCGAAACCUCCGAAAGUUUUCGUUCCCGAACUCCCUCCUCAUACAGACGGUUUUGGCACAUGGGAAGAUUCUCUUCAAUCUUAUUAUAAUAUCACUUUAAGACCAAAAAUUUAUACAGAUUUAGCAAAAUUUCUUUUGAAUCAUCCGAAAUACUUGAGAUACACUGCCAUAAUGGAUCCUAAAUAUCCGCACGAUAAAGAUAGAAAAUUUAUUAUCUACUAUUAUCUUUCUGAUGAUACUGUAAUGAUAUUCGAACCACCAAUUACCAAUUCUGGUUUUAUUGGUGGUACAUUUCUCUCUCGACAAAAACUUUUAAAAAGUGGCGGAAUCUAUGAAGAGCCCGUUUAUUAUAGUUUAAAAGAUUUCUUUCUCGGAGCAGUUAUCGAAGCUGCUGGACAAAAAUUUAUCAUUGAAGAUGCGGAUCAAUAUGUAUUGAAUUACAUGGAAUUACAUCCAAAUCUUUUUACAGCAACUAAAUAUAUCUUUCAGAAUCUUCUAUCGCUAGUAUGCGCGCAAAAUUUAAAAGUGAUGGACUAGAACUUGAUCAAAAUCUUGGACCUAAAAAAGAAACUAUUCUUUAUCCAACUUCGGAAAAUCCUGUUUCGUUUACGAAAACAUAAAUUUUUAUUUGAAAAAUUAAUGAUUUUUAAAUAAAAAAUUUCAAAAAUAAACCUAAUUUUAACUAGAUCUA